AGACCGCCCAAAAAUAAUAAUUUUUGAAAUAAUUUUUUUAAGCUCCCAGCAGGUGGUGUGUAGAUCUAACUCGAUCUAGCUAGCUAUAUAUAAUGCCCAAAAAGGCCAAAUCAAGCAAGAAGGAGGCUCCUGUCGGCCUGAGCAAGGAGUCAGUGCAGAAAAUAGGAGUUAUUGCUGAGAAAACUGAAGAAGAAACAUUUGAAGCAUUGAUUCAUGACUUCGAUAUACAAGCUGAAAAACUGAAAAAGCAGUUCAUACGUUUGUUUCGGAAUGAUGUGAAGAAGAUGCUGCAGUUUCUACCACAAAAGAGCAGCAUACCAAAGGAGAUUCUGAAUAUGUCAGCAUAUGAAUUCAAAGAUAGAGGAGGUUCCUUGGGAGCUGUCAUGGAGUCACUGAGACGUGAACAAGCUAGAGAGUCCACUGCACCACAACUACCCACUGACAUUAACCCAACGCUCACUGAGAACACAAGCAGCACAAGUGAGGUUAACCCAAAUUUUGUCACUCCAGCACUCAACACUCGCAGUAGAGCAGUCACUGCUGCAGUCACAGAGACGUCCAAGAGAAAGCCUAAAGCACUUGAAAAUGUUGCUCUAUCUGCACAUGCUGCUGACUCAGGCUCUCCUUUGGAUGAACAUGUUUUCAUGAAGCUUCAAAUUGGACAAGCAGUGGAGGAUUUUGAGAGUCAGCUGCUGGAAGCAACAACCUCCUUCCCUCAAAAAUGGCGUUCCCAGCUGCAGAAGCAGAUAAAACAUACCAGGAUGCAGUACAAGACUCAAAUCGAGGGACAGUUUUUUCAAACCCCUGCUCUGUUUCGUUAGACCAUUCUUAUUGCCUUCCAUUAUAUUUCUGUUGGUUGUGCAAUUAAUUAUACUCCUAUACAUGUAUUAAACAUAUUAUUUUUAUUAAAGUAUCUCAUGUUUAUUACUAAGAAUUUCA